AUGACUGGGCGAGCCAGAGCCAGAGCCCGGGGAAGGGCCCGCGGUCAGGAGACGGCACAGCAUGUAGGAGCAGCCGCGAGUCAGCAGCCAGGGUACAUUCAGCAGAGACCUCAGCAGCCACCAGCAGAAGGGGACUUGGUCGGCCGAGGACGGCAGAGAGGAGCAGCAGGAGCCACAGCCAAGCCACCAGAGCUCCAGAUUUCAGCUGGGUUUCAGGAGCUGUCGUUGGCCGAGAGAGGAGGGCGGCGCAGGGACUUUCAUGACCUCGGUGUGAACACCAGACAGAACCUCGACCAUGUCAAGGAGUCCAAAACAGGAUCUUCAGGCAUCAUAGUGAGGCUGAGCACCAACCACUUCCGGCUGACCUCCCGUCCCCAGUGGGCACUCUACCAGUACCACAUCGACUACAACCCGCUGAUGGAGGCCAGGAGGCUCCGCUCUGCGCUCCUCUUCCAGCAUGAAGAUCUCAUUGGAAGGUGUCAUGCUUUUGAUGGAACAAUAUUAUUUUUACCUAAAAGACUACAGCACAAGGUCACAGAAGUGUUCAGCCAAACCCGGAAUGGAGAGCAUGUCCGGAUCACCAUCACGCUGACCAAUGAGCUCCCACCCACAUCGCCAACCUGUCUGCAGUUUUAUAACAUCAUAUUCAGGAGGCUCUUGAAAAUCAUGAAUUUGCAACAAAUUGGACGGAACUAUUAUAACCCAAGUGACCCUAUUGAUAUUCCAAAUCAUAGGUUGGUGAUCUGGCCUGGCUUCACCACUUCCAUCCUUCAGUACGAGAACAACAUUAUGCUGUGUACCGAUGUCAGCCACAAAGUGCUGCGCAGUGAGACGGUGCUGGACUUCAUGUUCAACCUGUACCACCAGACAGAGGAGCACAAGUUUCAGGAACAAGUUUCCAAGGAGCUGAUAGGGCUGAUUGUUCUGACCAAGUAUAAUAACAAGACAUACAGGGUAGAUGAUAUCGACUGGGACCAGAAUCCAAAGAGCACCUUCAAGAAGGCAGAUGGCUCGGAGGUCAGCUUCCUGGAGUACUACCGGAAGCAGUAUAACCAAGAGAUCACCGACCUGAAGCAGCCAGUCCUGGUCAGCCAGCCCAAAAGGAGAAGGGGUCCCGGGGGCACGUUGCCUGGCCCUGCCAUGCUCAUCCCUGAGCUCUGCUACCUCACAGGUCUCACUGACAAGAUGCGGAAUGACUUCAAUGUGAUGAAGGACCUGGCAGUGCACACACGGCUGACUCCUGAGCAGCGGCAGCGGGAGGUGGGCCGCCUCAUUGACUACAUUCACAAAGAUGACAACGUGCAGAGGGAGCUUCGAGACUGGGGGUUGAGCUUCGACUCCAACUUACUGUCUUUCUCAGGACGAAUUUUGCAAGCUGAAAAGAUUCACCAAGGUGGAAAAACAUUUGACUACAAUCCACAGUUUGCAGACUGGUCAAAAGAAACAAGGGGCGCACCGCUGAUCAGCGUCAAGCCACUGGAUAACUGGCUGCUCGUCUACACGCGCAGGAACUACGAAGCUGCCAACUCACUGAUCCAAAAUCUUUUCAAGGUGACACCAGCCAUGGGCAUACAGAUGAAAAAGGCAAUCAUGAUUGAAGUGGACGAUAGAACCGAGUCCUACCUGCGCGUCUUGCAGCAAAAGGUUACAUCAGAUACCCAGAUAGUUGUUUGUCUGUUGUCAAGUAAUCGGAAGGACAAAUAUGAUGCCAUCAAAAAGUACUUGUGUACGGACUGCCCCACCCCAAGCCAGUGUGUGGUGGCCCGGACCCUGGGCAAACAGCAGACGGUCAUGGCCAUCGCCACCAAGAUCGCCCUGCAGAUGAACUGCAAGAUGGGCGGUGAGCUCUGGCGAGUGGACAUGCCGCUGAAGCUGGCAAUGAUAGUUGGCAUUGAUUGUUACCAUGACACCACAGCUGGACGGAGGUCAAUUGCAGGAUUUGUGGCCAGCAUCAAUGAAGGGAUGACCCGCUGGUUCUCACGAUGUGUCUUUCAAGAUCGUGGACAGGAGCUGGUAGAUGGGCUCAAGGUGUGCUUGCAAGCGGCUCUGAGGGCCUGGAACAGCUGUAAUGAAUACAUGCCCAGCCGCAUCAUCGUGUACCGGGAUGGUGUCGGGGACGGCCAGCUGAAGACCCUGGUCAACUACGAGGUCCCACAGUUCCUGGAUUGCCUCAAGUCCGUUGGUAGAGGCUACAACCCUAGGCUGACGGUGAUCGUGGUCAAGAAGCGUGUGAAUGCCAGGUUCUUCGCCCAGUCUGGAGGACGACUUCAGAACCCACUUCCAGGAACGGUCAUCGAUGUAGAGGUCACCCGACCAGAGUGGUAUGACUUCUUCAUCGUGAGCCAGGCUGUGCGGAGCGGGAGCGUGUCCCCGACACACUACAACGUCAUCUAUGACAGCAGUGGCCUGAAGCCCGACCACAUCCAGCGGCUGACCUACAAGCUCUGCCACAUCUACUACAACUGGCCGGGUGUCAUCCGUGUGCCCGCGCCCUGCCAGUACGCGCACAAGCUGGCCUUCCUGGUGGGCCAGAGCAUCCACCGGGAGCCCAACCUCUCGCUCUCCAACCGCCUGUACUACCUCUGACGCGAGG